AUGGCACGUAUGACGGUUGGAAUUGAUUUAUCGAAGUACGAGGUAAGCAAGACGAGAGGAGAACCGAGCACGAGCACGAACUUAAAGGAGGCUCUCUGCGAGAAGAUCCCGGUGCAUCACGAUCUUCUGAGAUAUAUUCGACGUUACUUCGGUCCAAAUAUUAUCAGUCAGAUUACGGUCGACAGUCUUUACGAAGGAUUGAGCGACGUAAACUCAAUCGUCAAAGAAACUUCGGAAAUCGACCCUAAACGCGGUCUCGUGUACCGUGGAUUGACCAUACCGGAAGUAGUCACUCUAUUGCCUCGUCAAGGAAACUCGCCGAGUGCGGAAGCUAUCUUUUGGCUGCUCUUAACCGGUGACAUUCCGACGCAGCAGCAGACAGCUUCGCUUAUCGCCGACUGGACGUCGCGACGUCAAAAAUGCACCGAGUGGUGGUCGGGAUCGCGGGGUGAAAUGAUAAUUUCAGUUUUGCGUUCUAUGCCCGAGGCAAUUACACCCAUGCAUAGAUUAUCGGUCGCACUCACAAUUUUCAACAUCAGUAAACAAGCGAAGGAGGCCAAGAGACACGGCGCUCUACCGUACACAUAUUGGGAGUAUACCUAUGAGGAUGGUAUGGAAUUUCUUGCAACCUUACCAGCAAUCAUCGGUCUAGUUGCAAAGAGAAAAAUGUUGAAAAAUGUGAGGAGUGACGGUGAUUGGGUUCAAUUUCUAUUAGAAUGUUUGACCAACGUGAACGAAAGCUUUGACAGCCGAGAAUCAUCGGUUGUGGAUUUUCUCAGAUUAUACAUCACUUUAAAUGCUGACGAUGACGGAGGGGCUCCUGCCGCUCAUGUCACCCAUAUUUUGGGUGCGACUGAUCUCCAUAUAAAUGAGAUAUUAUCGAGCAGCGUUUUGGCGUACGUCGACGAGCCUAAAAGUGGAACGAUGUCGCAGUGGAAAGAAUUGCAAACGAAAGUUCAGAAUACGCUCGGUCGAGGAUGGACGGAACACGACUUGAGGACUCGCGUGCUAAAUUUAUGGAGCAAAGAUAAAUUGAUAGGACACAUGGAGGCGGAUUUCUCCGAUCCACGGUACACGGCUCUCUUGAAUUAUGCCAGACAACAUUUGCCCGAUAAUGCCGAAAUCAAGCUCUCGCAGGCUAUCACACGAAUAUUACAAUCGGCUCUAAAGAGACCAAAGAGAAAGAGUAUAUAUCCGGAACAGAGUGUCAUAGCUUCGCUUAUUUUUCAGUACUACGGAUUGACGGACAUGAGCUUGAAUCAAACUAUACUUUACAUGGCGAGAACUUUGGGAAUGAUCGCCUCGAUAAUUUGGACGACAAUUAUAAAUUCCCCUGUCGAGCAUCCGAUAUCAAAGUGCACUUACAGUUACAUCGAAUCGGCUCGCGACGAUAUCAUAAAAAAGCGAAAAUGCAAGACGACCUUGUAAGCUUCCUUAUAAUUAAAUAAAUUUCACAAUUAUA